AUGCAAAAUCUGCUUAAAAGCCAAAAAGAAUUGAAAUCUACACGUUCACACAUGGAAUAUAAAAACAUCACAUUAAGAAAAAAGACUGUCUCAGCAGCUAAACAAACUGCGUCACCUAAAUCGGAAUCAGUCGUAGAUAUAUCAUCUCCUCUGCUUGAUUCAUGCGGGAUCGACACGGAAGAAGAAUACGACGAACUAGAGGAAUCCUCCUUGGAAAUGCUAUCAAAGAGUGAAGACUACUCAACUAUUAAAAUAUACGAACUGCAGGAAAUGAAGGAAGAAAUUAAAGAAUUAAAAAUUAAUCUCUCGAGUACACAAAAUGAGCUAGAGAAUACGAUAAUAGAAAACAAUGAAUACAAAAGAGAAAUAAAUAAGUUGAAAAAGGGAAUUGAAUUUCUAAAGAACAUCAGUCAAUCUCCAAUAAGUAAAAGCACAAAUGAGAUAAAUAAGGGAUUUCACGUCUCACUUACCCCUUCAAACACUUCUAAAUAUAGCCACACAUCACACUAUUCUCCAAUUUCUUCAAAGAAAUGUGAUAAAAAAUGUAACAACUUGAUAAUUUCCUUACAGAACAAGAUAAAAGAAUCGCAAGAACAAUUGUUGAAUGCCAAAAAAGAGAUCACCGAGCUAGAGAAUCAAAUACGAGAACUUAGCAUCAAGCUCACUACUCAAAGGGAUAAAGGACAGCUCGCGACAAAACUGAAUACAAUAAAAAAAUAA